CCCCGGGGCGCGGCGGAGCUGCCGCAGGGCUGAGCCCGCGCCCUGACGGCCGGAGCGGAGCGGAGCGGGCCGGCGCUGCGGGCAGGGCCGCGCUGCAGCGCGCAGGGGCAGCCGCCUCGCUCGGCGCCCGCUCCGCGGCGCGCACGGCCGGACAGGCGCGGGCACGGCGGUACCCGCCCCUUCUCCCCGCCGCCCUUCUCAUCCCCGUCCAUGGCGCUGAGCACCGCAGCCCCUCGCUCCGCACGUGGCGGCGGGGCGGCCCGGCCCGGGCAUGGACCACGGUGACUUCCCCGGCCCGGGGGCGGCGGCGGGCGCGGAAACCUCAGAGCUAAUGGAAACUGGGGGCGAUGCCAGAUCGGCACCUCGGCGGGGCGGCGGAGGCGGCGGCGGCCGCGGCGGGCUUGCAGCGACUGCCGAGCUCAGCGCUCCCCCGGGGGCCGAGACGAGCAUGAAUAUCGAUGGCCCCGCCGGUGGCGGGAGGAGCGGGGCGGCCGCGGGCGCUGCUGCAGUGCCGGGAGCCCCGGGGGCGGCCGCCCCGCCGCUCCGCGCCGCCUGCUCCAGGGACCCCAAAAUGGUCCAUCAGCGGUUCCUGCGGAGGAGCGUGGUGGACUCGGACCAGGAGGAGCCUGCUUUCGACCUUCCCGAGUCAGAGCACCAGAGGAAAAUUAUCCUGCUCCCUAAAACCCGGAGGAUUAUUGCGGAGCGGGCCAAGGCGGGGCAGGGGGCCGCCGAGCAGGGGGCCCUGGGGGCCCAGGCUGCCGGGGAGCUGCCGGCAGCGCCGGCCCCGGGCAGUGCCGCGGGCGCCGAGGAGCAGCGGGAAGCUGGGAAGGAUGCGGAGAGGAAAGAGGCGUCGGAUGCUUCUAAAGAUCAGAGCAAGGCAAAGAAGGAGGAGCCCGAGGAGGAGGCUGAUAUGAAAGCGGUUGCCACCUCGCUGGAUGGCAGGUUCCUAAAGUUUGAUAUUGAACUCGGGAGGGGAUCCUUCAAAACCGUCUAUAAGGGCCUAGACACCGAGACGUGGGUGGAAGUCGCGUGGUGUGAACUUCAGGACAGAAAACUCACAAAAGUAGAGAGGCAGAGGUUUAAAGAGGAAGCGGAAAUGUUGAAAGGUCUCCAGCAUCCAAACAUUGUGAGAUUUUAUGAUUUCUGGGAAUCCUGUGUAAAAGGCAAAAGAUGCAUCGUACUGGUUACUGAAUUGAUGACCUCUGGAACACUGAAGACGUAUCUGAAAAGAUUUAAAGUGAUGAAACCAAAAGUCCUGCGUAGUUGGUGCCGGCAAAUCCUGAAGGGUCUUCUUUUCUUGCACACAAGAACUCCACCAAUCAUUCACAGAGACUUGAAAUGUGACAAUAUUUUUAUCACUGGACCAACUGGAUCUGUGAAAAUAGGAGACUUGGGUCUGGCAACCCUCAAGAGAGCUUCAUUUGCCAAAAGCGUAAUAGGUACACCAGAAUUCAUGGCCCCAGAAAUGUAUGAGGAACACUACGAUGAAUCUGUGGAUGUCUAUGCUUUUGGAAUGUGCAUGUUGGAAAUGGCUACCUCAGAAUACCCCUACUCAGAGUGCCAGAAUGCUGCUCAGAUUUACCGGAAAGUAACCUGUGGUAUAAAGCCAGCAAGCUUUGAGAAAGUUACAGAUCCUGAAAUUAAGGAGAUAAUUGGGGAGUGCAUUUGCAAAAAUAAAGAAGAAAGAUACGAAAUUAAAGAUUUGUUAAGCCAUGCUUUUUUUGCUGAAGAUACUGGGGUAAGAGUGGAACUUGCAGAAGAAGACCAUGGUAGGAAAUCCUCUAUUGCCUUAAGACUCUGGGUAGAAGAUCCUAAGAAACUGAAAGGAAAACCCAAAGAUAAUGGAGCCAUUGAGUUUACUUUUGAUCUGGAGAAGGAAACUCCUGAUGAUGUUGCACAAGAAAUGAUUGACUCUGGAUUUUUUCAUGAAAAUGAUCUCAAGAUAGUUGCGAAGUCAAUACGUGACAGAGUAGCAUUAAUACUAUGGAGAAGAGAGAGAAUUUGGCCUAGGAUGCAGUCAGAGGAACGUCGGGACUCUGAAUGUCUGGAGAAGUUGAAGACACCGCAUGCACAGCAGGUCCAAGUCACCUACCUUUCCCACACUGGUCACCAUGUCCUGUCGGAGUCGGAGGAGCCUGAGGCAGACCAGCACCCCUAUCAGCAGAAUCUGCCCACCAGCGUCACGUCUGUUGCCUCUGACAGCACAUUUGACAGUGGCCAGGGGUCCACUGUUUAUUCAGACUCCCAAAGCAGCCAGCAAAGUGUCAUCUACUCGUCUCUGCCGGACCCGGUCCCGCCGGCUGCCCAGCGGGUGUACAGCCCCCCUCUGAGCGAGAGCCAGGCUGUGCCCCACAGCCUUCCCCAGCUGGGGCACUACCAGCAGCCCUCAGGACCAGGCCUCCCCGCGGCUCCAGCGGCGCCCGCCGUGGUGGCCCCGCGGCCCCAGCACUACCAGGAGCCGGCGCUGCCGUUCCCCGUGGUCCAGCCCAGCACUGUGGCCUCCCUGCCGCUGGGGCAGCCGGGGCUGGCCGCCCAGCAGCAGCAACCCAUAUCACAGCAAGCUUCUCUGCAGCAGGUGCUGGCCAGCCAGCCAGUUUGCCCAAUGCAGCCUGCGACCCAUCUGUUACCCCAGUAUCAGCCCCAGACCUCUCAGGUGGCAGCUACCAGUACACCACUAAAACCCCUUCAGAUUUCAACUGUGCCACAGCUUCCACCAGUGGCCCCUUCCCAGAUUCCUCAGUUUCCUGUCAUUCCUGCUAUUACUCCUCUGGCAGGACUUGACAGCCUUCCUCCAAACCUCUCUGAUAUACCUGCUGCAAACGUGCCCCCCAUACCUGCUCCUUCUCAGUACUUUGCUCCGGCUGUGAUUUUGCCCAGCCUCCCCAUGAACCCCACGCUGCCUCUGGCACCAAACUCCCCCGCCCUCCCCAUGCAGGCAGUCAACCUUCCUCACACCACCGUGGCUUCUUUGGUCUUGCCCUGCCAAACUAUAGUGCCAAACAUGUCGGCGGCUACGAUCCCCUUGCUGGCGGUGGCCCCGCCGGGAGUGCCGGCCUUGCCGCCGCACCACGGGGUGCCCCAGCUCUCCCAGCAGCAGAUGUACCAGAGCACCUUCCAGCAGAUCAUUCAGGGCGAAGCACCUUCUCCCCAUCACACGCAGAGCACACAAGCAGUGUCCCAGCCACAGCAGCCUCCACCUCCUCAGGCACUUCAGCCCGGCCUCAUCCACCCUCCUGAGCAGGCGGUGUCAGCACCGGGGGCUGGGCACCAGCAGAUUACUGGACACCCUCAGUAUGCUUUGGAAGCUGGAGCCCAGGUGCCCGUGCUGCAACCUUCAAUAGUCAUGUCACCGCCUUUGCAGCUGCAGCCCGAGCUGCUGCCUCCCCGCGUCGCUCCAGAAGGUGUUUCACAGAUUCCUGGCAGCCUUGCAGCAGCUAGCCCGCCUGUCCCCAUAGAUCACUCUCUGCCUCUCCAGCCUUCUGCUCUGCUGCAGCUUCAGCCCGAUCUUUCCCAGCCGCUGGGUCAGCAGCUCCCAGCUCCCUGCUCCACUGUCCAGGCAGUGGCAGAGACAUCUCAAGAGGAGCAGGCAAUACAGGACAAACUCCAGACUCUGUCACAGAGCUGUGAAAGCUACAUGAGUCCAGAUGUAACUUCAGGUAAAGAGAUGAGUGACAGCUUUGAAGGAGCCAUGGGAAGUGGAAAACAAGAAGGAAAGUCUUCAAAGAAACAUAAGAAAUCUACACGUGCUCGUUCGCGCCAGGAGAAGUCCAGCAGACCCAAACUGACCAUAUUAAAUGUUUGUAACACGGGGGAUAAGAUGGUGGAGUGCCAGCUUGAGACACACAAUCACAAAAUGGUGACUUUCAAGUUUGAUUUGGAUGGUGAUGCACCAGAGGAAAUAGCUACUUACAUGGUGGAGAAUGAAUUCAUAUUGCAGAGUGAAAAAGAGACAUUUAUUGAACAAAUGAAAGAUAUUAUUGAUAAAGCAGAAGAUAUGCUCAGUGAAGAUACAGAAGGAGAACGAAGUUCUGAUCAGGGAAUGAGUCCCCAACAAGAUGCUGAUAGGCUGGAAAUGAGUGAGGAGAAGCGGCAGUCUCAGAUGAAGGCACCUGUCUAUCAACAAAAUGUUUUACAUACUGGAAAAAGGUGGUUUAUUAUAUGUCCUGUCAUGGAAAAUCCUACUACUGAUGCACCAGAAUUCUCUCCCCCGGUACCUCAGAGUACACAGCCGUCGGAAGGGCCAGACGCGGAGCAGCCGGAUGACCAGCAGCCGAGCUCUGCGCCGACGGACCCGCCCGCUGCCUCCGCUGCUCAGCAGCUUCCCCUCCAAGCCGGCGUCCGUGACAGCCCCGUCAGGGCCUCCCCUGCUCUGGCACAAGUUCCUACCGCAGCCCCUCCCGUCGCCCUGCCAAGCCAGGCGGAGUUUCCAGCUCCAGGAUCCGCUCCAAACGCUCCGGAGCCGCCGGCCGCCAACGGCGCCCCCGGGGGGCUGCCGGGCCCGGCCCCGCCGCCCGAGCCCCCCGAGCCCGCCCCGCCGCAGCCCGAGGAGGGCGGCUGCGGGCCCGAGGUGGAGCUGGGCUGCUGCCGCGUGGGGCCCGCGCUGCCCGAGCCCUGCGCGCUGCCCGCGCUGCCCGAGCCCGCGGUGCUGGAGCGGCAGCCGGCGGCCCAGCCGCCCCCCCUGCCCGAGCCCGGCCAGCCCGGCCUGCCGCAGCUCCCCUUCCUCGGCCAAGCCUUCCCGGCCGAGCCCCUGCCGCCCGCGGGCUCCCGGCUGCAGAGCCCCACGCAGCCGCCCGGCCCGGCCCCGCCGGCCCAGCCCGGGCCCGGCCUGGCGCCCGGUCUGCCGCCCGGCACCGCCGAGUCGGACGGGGAGGGACCGCCCCGGGUGGACUUCGUUGACAACACGAUAAAGAGCCUCGACGAGAAGCUGCGCAAUUUGCUUUACCAGGAGUACGUUCCUACUUCCUCCGCGUCAGCAGGGACUCCCGACACCUCUGUCCCUUUAGAGCAGGGCGACAGUGAGUUUAACUUGCCGCCCUUUCCCGAAGAUCAAGUUCCCGCUUCGGCCCAGGAGCUGAGAGAACCGGGCCGUAACGUUGCAGAUACCAGCCAGGGGAGGAAGGAUGCUGCCCAGGAGUUGUCGGUGCCGCUCGUGCCACCCGAGACCUCACCCUGCCCAGCCCUGUUUGAACAGUCAGAGAUGACCAGCAUUGGCGUUGAGUCCUCAGAAGCAAGAGGUGGGUCAGCAAGCAGAAAAGGUUCAGCUGCAAGCAUCACUUCAGCUCCUGCUGCUACAACAAAAGGCCUCCUUCAGGUUGCACCUGAAUCAUCAAGCCUAACUAAACAGAUGGAAACUUCUGAAAGGAGCGAGAAGGCAAAGACUCUGACUUUGUCUGCACAUGAUAACGUAACGCAGAUACCUGCAGCAGAUGGGGUGAUAAAUUACCUUCAAAGGGAUGACUCUCUAGACUCUGGUUCCUAUGGAAAACAGGGUGAAACUCACGAUAGUGGCACUCCAGCCAAAACUAUUGGCAGGUUUUCAGUGAUCAGCACGCAGGAUGAGUUAACUUUACCAGCGCCGCACUGCUUAAGGUUCUCGGCACCCCCAGAUGUCUACUUGGAUGAGCUGCCCUCCAGCCCUGACCUGAAGACAGCCGUCCGACGGGUGCAGACAGCCUCUUCUGUCGAUGUCCUGUGCGACCAGGGGUCGAGUGAUUCUGCUGAGGAGCCUUCCCACUGUCAGUCAGCUGCUGCUGCGCAACUGUCCCCCCCAAGCAGUAGUGCAGCCAGUGACUUAAUUAAAAAAGCAGCUGCUUUUCUGCAAAGAUCCAGCAAAGCUAGCUUGCCAGGCCUCGAGUCACCUAAUGGGCAGGGGACAAAAAUUCCUACCAUCAACAUCACAUCCUUCCACUCACAGUCGUCGUACAUGAGCAGUGACAACGACUCGGAAUUUGAAGAUGCAGACAUGAAGAAAGAAUUGCAGAACCUGAGAGAAAAGCAUAUGAAAGAAAUUGCUGAACUUCAGACUCAGCAGAAGAAUGAGAUAGAGGCACUGUAUAUUCGCUUAGGGAAACCCCUGCCUCCCAACCUGGGCUUCCUUCACUCAGCCCCACCCAGUGGCCGUCGCCGAAGAACCAGCAAAAACAAACUGAAAGGUGGAAAACUAUUGAACCCUCUGGUCCAGCAGCUCAGGAGUGGAACAUCAAGCACAAGUAAUCUUGCAGACUCUAAAGACUCACCCCACAAAGAAACAGCUAAAGCUCAGUCUGGCUCUCCCAGAGCAGCAGCAGUCAGUGCCCCAGUCGCAGCCACCUUUGGGAAGGCAGUUCAGACGCAGCAGCCCUGCUCUGUCAAGGCCUCUUUGUCUUCUGACAUCUGCGCCGGCUUAGGCCCUGAAGGAGGUGACGCCAAUGCAAGCUCUGGCCAAGGCUGGACGGUUUUCCACCAAACGUCUGAGAGAGUGACCUAUAAAUCUAGUAGCAAACCUCGUACCAGAUUCCUCAGUGGACCUGUGUCUUUGUCCAUCUGGUCCACCUUGAAACGACUAUGUCUAGGCAAAGAUCACAGUAGUAGAUCCUCCACAAACAGUCUUGCAACGUGUCCUGAGCCCCUCCCACAAUCCACCUUGCAGGUUCAGGCCAACAACAGUAACAACAAGAAAGGGACCUUCACAGACGAUCUUCACAAGCUGGUUGACCAGUGGACAAGCAAAACUGUUGGAGCUGCACAGACAAAACCUUCUUUAAACCAACUGAAGCAGAACCAAAAAAGGCAAGACAUGGAGCCAAAGGCUAAUCCCAUGCAAACACAGAACGAGACAUGUGGAGUUAAUUCGGUGAGAAGGGGACUGGGGACAAAGGUGGUUGUCCCAGCGCCACGCCCCGUGCCCGCCGCACGAGCUGCUGGAGCCUCGCCGUCCCUGCCGGUGCCCAGGCCUGCCCUGGGCACGGUGCCACCCUACGUGAUGCCCCUCUGUCCCUACAGGGGGGUGGUCCCCGUGCCCGCUUACGGGGUGCGCUGGCAGCAGCAGCAGUGGGGAGCCACGCAGCCCCGGUUCCUGGGCAGUGCCGGCAUCGCCCGCUUCUCGCCGCUGGGCAGCACCUGCCUGCGGCUCUACCCGGUGCCGCUGCAGCCCCCCGCCCGGCUGCCCUGCCGGAGGUAACCACCUGCUGGGGGGGACCUGCUGUAGGGAACCAACCACCUGCUGGGUGGGAGGUGCUGUGGCCGUGGGGCGAGGCAGGAUCCACCACAUCCAGCACUGGCUGUGGCCUGGGCUCUCCAGAGAGCUUGCUUGUCCUUGGCAAUAUUUGCUUCUCUUUCAUCGCUGAAGACACAUUAUUCUGUUGUGUUCUGGUGUUUUACACUUAGUCGAUGUACUUGAAUUGAUGACUAGAAAAUUGUACUAACCCUGCAGGAGUACAGUGCCUUGAAAUUCAGCUUUUCAGUUCCAGCUGGAAAGAGAUGUAAAAUUAUUUGAAAGGUGUAUUUUAUUUACAGUCUGCUUGUGAGUUGAAGUUCUUUUUAUUUGCAAAGAUAUUGAAGGUUUACAGUCGACGUUCUUCAUUACUCACAUUCUGCUGUAAAUGCUUUUAUUUUAAUCCAUGGGUGGAAUUCUUGUUUCUGAAGCUUUUGAAAAAAUACCAAUUGUGCAGUGAGGUUUGUUUGAGAUGCUGAUCAAAAAUUGUUUGUGUUUGUACAAGGAGUAGUGAAAUGCACAUUUGAAAACAGGAGCAUUUGCAGAGUGAUCUGAGUAAGUCGUAAAGGACAGACAAUAGCUUUGGGCAGUGCUGUUCUUUCUUUUCCCCAGUCUUUGGUAAAGCUGUUGUGCACAGCAAUGUAUUUAACAGGCAGGCAAAUACUGGUUUCCUCUAGAUCAGCAGCAAAGCAGAUCACAUUUUUUUUACCACUGAGUUAAAUUUCAAAUCCAUGCAUGUUUCAUAAGUGAAAAAAUCCAGCUGCAGUGCUGACUGUUGGAGCACACAUCUCCAGGAUGGUGUAAGAGCCAUGUAAGUACAGCACUUGUGAGCACCUGAGGUGGGGAAGGCUGUUCUGCCUUGGACACACUCCCCCGGGUUGAAAACGGGAAGGGAUUCGUUUUCAUGUCUGAUUCUUCAGUUUUGGAGCCUCACUUUUGCUUGAAAACCUCUCUCUGUCUUCAUUUCCUCGAUCAGUUGUCAUGAAGUUUGCGCUCUAGGUGCGUGGACACCUCCCACCUCUCUGAAAGUUGCUUUUUUGCCCCUUGUGCUGUGCACUGAGCCUGCGCCUCUGGGCCCGGGGGCGCCGGAGGAGCCGCCGCCAGCCGACGGUAAGUCGGGGGGCAGGGGAGCGGGGUCCCUGCCUCGGGGGGCACCUCGCGCUGCCGUGGCAUUUUAGACUGUCUGCUGAAGGGCAGAGGUGUCUGCCAAGCUGUGAAUUGUAUAGUCCUAUUGUACUCUGAGCAUUCGAUCUGUCUAAAUUAUUUGGUUUGUACCCUUUGAAUCUAUUAUUCCAUCAAUUCAGUUAGAAUUGAAUUUUAUAGACAAUUAUGCAGAGUCUCUUCUGCCUGGACAAAAUACUUACUGUAGUAAGAGAUUUCUGUUCUCUGUAACAUGUAUCUUUAAUUUAUUUGGUUUUUUUGUUAGAUUCAUGUCUGUAUGCUUCAUGAGCAAACAUGAAAAAUAUGUUCUCACACCAGUUUUCCUUCGGCUUGCACUGAAUCCUCCAGUUUAUGUCACUAUUGCCUGUUGUAUAGUCCAUCCCUUGUAUACUGACAAAGUCAGUGGCACUAAAAACCCCAAGAAAUUGUAUAGAUUAAAAAGAAGAAAAAUAAACAUUUUGUGCUUGAAAA